GCUGAACAUGUGUGUUUUUGAUUAGCCCUCUGAUAAAACUGUCUGUUUCCUGUGUACUGUGGGACAGAGAGAGCGCAGUGAUUUCAGCGAAAGCAGAGGCUCCUCCUGUCAGCGUUUCAGGGAAUGUGUGAACAGGGCAGGACAAGCAUGAAGCACACAGCGUUUACUCUGGAAAUGCAACGAAAUCAGUGAAAAUCUGAAGCGGAAGUAGAAGCCACACAGAUUUUACCUCCCCUGAAACCUAUCUGCUGACAGAUUCUUUCCACUCAAGGAUGGACAAGGAUGAGGGGAAGCCAAAGACGUAUUUGUCCACCUUUCACUUUGUUCUCAAGCCCCGGGGUCAGCGCUGUGGGGGCAAUCAGAGAGAAAAUGGCCGGGUUACUGCCAACAAGUCAUUGACAGGAAGCAGCAAAGUGGGAGUUUCAUCUGCAGCAGACGCCAAACAGGUGGCGGAUCAGAGAGUUGAGGUGCCAUGCUUCACGGAAAGAGUCCGAAACUGUGCAGUCAGUGAUGGAGGAAGUGUUACAUUUCAGGCUAUAAUCGCAGGUAAACCUCUGGAGGUUUCCUGGCUACACAAUGGUGAGGUGGUGAAUUCAGCAGAGUCUUCCUUCAAAAAUGGCGUCGCCAGUCUGACUUUAACAUGCUGUACGCAUCAAAACGCUGGCGUGUACACCUGCGUGGCGGAGAAUUCUGCAGGAAGGAGGACAAGCAGUGCCGUGUUGCGAAUCACAGCAGCGACAAAGGAAGUCUCCAGAACAAACAACCAUGACCUGCAGAAGGAGGUUACACUCAAGCAUGUGUCAUGUGAAAACACUCAAUUGUCUUUACCUUCCAAAGAGGAAAAGCAGCAAAAAGAAGAAGACAAAGUUGCUGAUUGCAUCCCCCUAUCAAGGUGUGUACCUGCACGAUCUCCUUUCUCUACACUUAUAGGAGGAGCAAACUCUCAAAUAAAAGUUUCCACUAAAAAAGAGCCUGCUGUGGAGUUUGUUGACACACCUGACAAGGUGGAGGUUUGUGUGGGGGAGAAAGCUCAGCUCAGCUGUAAGUUUAGGAGCAGCUCCCUGCCUGUGGUCUGCUGCUGGAUUUUCAACAGAGUUAAGGAGGUGACGGGAGGACCUCGGACAUCAGUCAGGAGCACAGAGAAGCAAAGCUGUGUGGAGAUCACUCAAAGUGUUCAAGAGGACGCAGGAUUGUACACCCUCAUAGUUCGAAACCGAGCCGGUUCUGCUCAGCACACAGUAUCCUUAAGUAUCAUAGACCGACCGUCUCCCCCGGCCUCCCAACCUUUUGUUUCUCGGAAGACCCCUCACUCCCUGGUUCUGUCCUGGAGCGGUCCCAGCUACGAUGGGGGCACUGCUGUGUUGGGCUACAUUGUAGAGAUCAGUCGAGGGGAUUCUGACAAAGCCUGGACAGAAAUAAGCCGGUGUAAGAACACGUCCCACCACAUCCGCUCAGGCCUGGAGCCUCAGGGCCGGUACCGCUUCAGGGUCAGAGCUUACAAUUCAGCAGGGGUCAGUGAGCCGGGCAAAGAGUCUGAGUAUGUGAAGAUGGCAAACUCAACUGAAAAGAAAGAAGAGCCAGCAUCGUACGCCACCGUGACUAUUGACACCCAACACGAUUUUAAAGACCAUUAUGAUGUACACGAGAAACUAGGGGUUGGGAAGUUUGGCGACGUGUUCCGGGUGACCCACAAAGAGACGGGCCAGGUGUGUGCUGGCAAAUUCUACAGAGCUCGGACAUUCAAGGACAAGGUGGCAGCACGCAAAGAGAUCAGGAUAAUGAACAAGCUGCAUCACCCAAAGCUUGUCCAGUGUCUGGCGGCAUACGAGGCCCGCUCUGGGAUUGUCAUGGUCAUGGAGUAUAUUGAAGGCGGGGAGCUCUUUGAGAGAAUCGUGGAUGACAACUUUGAGCACACUGAGCUGACCAGCGCUCGCUACAUGCGGCAGAUACUGGAGGGCAUGCAGUACAUGCACAAGCAGAAGAUUAUCCAUCUGGACCUCAAACCAGAGAACAUCGUCUGCGUGGACACGAACGGCACACAAAUCAAGAUCAUCGACUUUGGCUUGGCUGCCGAACUGGAUGAGGGCAAACCUCUGAUGGUGCUGCAUGGCACUCCUGAGUUUGUGGCCCCCGAGGUGAUCAGCUAUGAGCCGGUGGGGGUGGAGACCGACAUGUGGAGCAUCGGAGUCAUCUGUUACAUUUUGCUGAGUGGAGAGUCCCCCUUUCAGGGGAACAGCGAUGCCGAGACUUUGGCUCUGGUGACGGCUGCUCACUACGAGUUUGACCCGGAGAGUUUUGAAGACAUUUCCGACGAGGCAAAAGACUUCAUCAGCUCUCUGCUGAAGAAGGAUAGAAGGGCCAGGCUGUCAUGUACCGAGGCCCUGUCCCACAUCUGGAUGGCUUCUUUCACGCCUCUGAACCGCAGAGCCACCAAGUCCCUAAAUAAGGAAAAAAUUAAGCGCUUCCUAGCUAAACAGAAGUGGAAGAAAACUGGUCAAGCAGUUUUGGCCCUGAAGCGGAUGGCUCACUUCUCCAACAGGCCAGACUCUGAUGGCAGCACCUCAGACGAGCCGAUAUGGAGCCAGGAAGCAGAGGAGGCCAUCCAGGCGCUGGACAAGCAGCUGCAGAUUGAGCCUCGCUUUCAGCAGACCCUGAGGGACACCACUGCUGCCAGUGGAGCCACGGCUGAGUUAACAUGCUAUGCUGAGGGUUACCCAAAGCCAGAGGUGAGGUGGUUUCAUAAUGAGGAGGCGGUGUGUGACUCGUCCAGAGCGAGCGCACAGCAGCAUGAAGACGGACUCUGUCGUCUGCUUCUGGCCGACCUCCAACUCUCCGAUUCUGGGGUUUAUAAGUGCAAAGCGGUGAACAAGCUGGGAGAAGCAACGUGCUCUGCCAAACUGACUGUAGACCCAUGAAAGAAUGGGACUGGAUGGACUGUUUUAUCGGGUCAGCAUAUGAGCACACCUUCCACUUGGGACACAAAUGUUUUAAAAGGAACACAACUGUGCACACUUUUUUUUUUGUAUUUGUAACUGGCAAAUGUUUCACAAAUGUAAAUUAAAGGUUGACUUUCACAAAGCAUUACCUUGGUGAGGAUAACUUUUGAUCAAAAAUGUGCCUAAGCAAAUCUGCCUUAAAAAUGAUGGCUGAAAACGAGAAAACAAGCCGUUGGUAAAGAAAUAUUUAUUGUUCUGACAAUAAAGCAGUGAAUGAGAUGAAA